UCUCUCUCUCACACACACACUAACACUCUCUGCAGUAUCAAACCAGAUGCCAGUAAGAUGCAUGAUCUCAGCUUUCACAGUUUUAUGCAAACAGACUUAAACAGAGCCCUUAAAAGCCCUGCAAUUUACUCUCCCCCUUGACCUCUUCUCUGCAACUACCCGCUCCAAAACCCCAUCUCACACCUACCAUCUCCCGAACUCCUCAAAAACACACACCAAUACAAGACAAAAACACCCAAAAACACAUACUAAACGUUAUUCAAAAUUUUUUUUUUUUAAAAGCUGUUUUUAAAAUUCCAAGACCAACCCAGUUAAGAACACAUGCAUUCAUGAAAAGGGUCUGCAAAAGCCAUUCAAAAACUGGGGUGCGGCUGGAGGAAUUUCAGGGGAAAACUCUAAAGAAGAAAAUAAAAAAACCAUCUUGUUCGAUUUUUUUUGCAACAUGGGUUGUCUCAUAUCUCAGCUGGCAGCAAAAUUUGCAUUCUUUCCUCCUUCUCCGGCGACUUAUCAGGUGAAGAAGAGAGAUGAUGGGAAGUUGGUGGCCGUAUCUACGACGUCGUCUAUGCCCAUUUCCGGUGCACCUGAUGAUCCUAGUCUAGAUGUGUUGUUGCUUGACACCAAAAGAGGAAACAAAAUUGUAGCUUUUUAUUUAAAGAACCCAUAUGCUAGGCUCACUGUUUUAUACUCUCAUGGCAAUGCAGCUGAUCUGGGCCAGCUCUAUGACCUCUUUAUCCAACUUAAAGCUAAUCUCAGAGUCAACCUCAUGGGAUAUGAUUAUUCUGGCUAUGGAGCUUCUACCGGCAAGCCAAGUGAAUUUGAUACUUAUGCUGACAUAGAAGCAGUAUACGACUGCCUGGAAACUGAAUAUGGGGUUAGCCAGGAAGACUUAAUUUUAUAUGGACAAUCUGUUGGAAGUGGACCAACAUUGCACUUGGCAGCUAAACUUCCCAGGUUGAGGGGUGUAGUUCUGCACAGUGCGAUUCUUUCUGGUCUUCGUGUGCUCUGUCACGUGAAGUUCACGCUAUGUUUUGACAUUUACAGGAAUGUAAAUAAAAUUCGGAAGGUGAAGUGCCCUGUGCUUGUUAUUCAUGGUACUGAAGAUGAUGUAGUGAACUGGCUACAUGGCAGUGGACUAUGGAAAAUGGCUAGGGACCCAUAUGAACCCUUGUGGAUUAAAGGUGGUGGGCACUGCAACCUGGAGCUAUAUCCAGAUUACAUUCGCCAUCUUUGUAAAUUUGUUCAAGAAAUGGAGAAUAUGACCACUGAAAUCCGACUUGAAAAGAUCCGGCAAACUCUACGGCUAAACAAGAGGUCAAAUUCUGCUGCCAGGAAUUCCGCCACCAAGUGCUGCAAAGUAAAAUGUAAGCGAUCCAGUUGCUUUAGUUGCUCGAAACCUAACUGCAACUCAUGUUGCUGGUGGCCCAAAUGCUCAGCAUGUCAGCCAAAAUGCCCUGAAUGGAGACCUAGGUGCCUAGAAUGUAUAAAACCUGGCUGCAUGAAAUGUUCAUUCUGGUGUACUAAAUGCUCCUGUAGUUGGCCAAAAUGCUCUUGUUCAUGCACAAGUUCAUGCUGCUAAUUCUUUGUAAUGGGGAUAUAGCCUAUAGGUAGACAUAGUGCUUCAGUCUGAAAUGCAACACUAGGAAGCUGUAUAGAUUGCUCAACUUUUGCUUAGACUCCUUAAAAUGUGCAGUAGCCUGUGAGACAUGAGAGAGUUAGUUUGGUGAUAUUAAAGCUAUCAAAUUGGGUGCUAGUAGUUUGUUGAUAAUGGUAAAUUA